AUGGACUUAUUAUUUGGACGUAAAAAGGCACCAGCAGAAAUACCACAUGAGCAUCAACGUGCGCUUCAAAGGGCACGGCGUGAAAUGGGUCGUGAGAGAGUCAAACUAGAAGCUUCAGAAAAAAAAAUUAAUAGCAGAUAUUAA